AUGGUCCUGGUCGAGAGGCUGCACCAGCGCUACCUCUGGGCCGAACAGCUCUGCAUCAUCCAUGACGACGACCGGCACAAGAUCCCCCAGAUCGACAACAUGGCCGCCAUCUUCGCCCGCGCCUCCCUGACCAUCGUCACCUUCCACGACCGCGCCGCCGAUACCAAGCUGCGGGGCCUGUUGAGAAUCUUGGACGCGAGGUCACCUCGUCACAGAGUGGUAAGGAACGCCCGGGAAAGACAGAAGUUGGAGUCUAUCCUGUUAUCGUUGGGCUAG